UGUGUGUGUUCCAGUGCCAUCCCUUUGGAGAGGAGGAUACUGACUAUGCUGCAGUGGCUUCACCUCCCUGAAGGAGAAAGGCCUUAUGUUUACGCCAUGCACUCUGAGCAGCCGGACAUAUACGCACACAAAACGGGGCCCAUGAGCACUGAUCUGAACAUCUCUCUGAGGAUGGUUGACAAAAUUAUUGGCCAGCUUAUGGAUGGACUCAAGCAGAUGAAACUGCACCGCUGUGUCAACAUCGUCCUGGUCGGGGAUCACGGUAUGGAAGAGGCCCACUGCGAUCGCACCGAGUUCCUCAGUAACUAUAUGACCAGCGUUGAUGACAUCAUCCUCGUCCCUGGGUCCGUAGGCAGAAUACGCUCCAGACAGCCCAACAACAGGAAAUAUGACCCCAAAGCUGUUGUGGCCAAUCUAACGUGUAAGAAAGCAGACCAGCACUUCAAAGCGUACUUGAAGCAGCACCUGCCAAAGAGACUGCACUACGCCAACAAUCAACGCAUUGAGGAUGUCCAUCUCCUGGUGGACAGGAAGUGGCACAUUGCCAGGAAGGUCCCUGAAGGCAGGAGGCACUGUGGCUUUGCUGGAGAUCAUGGAUAUGACAAUAAGAUCAACAGCAUGCAGACUAUUUUCGUUGGCUAUGGGCCCACGUUUAAGUUCAAGACUAAAGUUCCAGCCUUUGAAAACAUCGAGCUUUAUAACGUAAUGUGUGAUCUUCUAGGUUUGAAACCGGCCCCUAAUAAUGGAACUCACGGCAGUCUGAACCACCUGCUAAGAACCCCCCCGUACAGACCCACCAUGGCAGAGGAGGUCUCCAGACCAACAGCGUCUGGUGUUGUACCUGCAGGAACAGACAGCUUGGGGUGCAGCUGCGAUGAAAAGAACAAAGUGGAGGAGCUAAACCAGCGACUGAGGCAAGCUAUGGAUGACAGCAGGAACCUGCCGUUCGGUCGGCCUGCUGUCCUCUUCCGUACCAAAUACUGCAUCCUGCACCACAGCGACUACAUCAGUGGCUACAGUGAAACUCUGUCCAUGCCCGUCUGGACAUCGUACACUGCCAGCAGACAGGUAGAAGUGUCUCCUCUGCCUGAAGCUCUGUCCAACUGUGUGAGACCUGAUUCCAGAGUCCCUCCAGCUUACAGCCAAUCAUGUACCAACUACAGAGCAGAUAAACACAUCACGUACGCCUUUCUGUACCCACCACAACUGUCGUCAAAUCUAGACAAAAAAUCCGAUGCUGUCCUCAUCACCAACACUGUUCCCAUGUAUCCUGCAUUCAAGAAUAUGGGUUAUUUCCAGAGAGUGCUGGUGAAGAAAUACGCCACUGAGAGAAAUGGAGUGAAUGUACUGACUGGACCCAUAUUUGACUACAACUAUGACGGUGUCAGAGACUCAGCUGAGAAGAUACGAGAGUAUAUAAGUGGUACAAUCCCAAUCCCCACUCACUACUUUGUGGUCCUGACCAGCUGCUUAGACUUCACACAAGCUACAGACUCGUGUAACGGACCGCUCAACAGCGCCACCUUCAUCCUGCCGCACAGACCCACCAAUGAUGAGAGCUGCAACAGCUCAGAGGAGGAGUCUCGUUGGGUGGAGAGCCUGAUGAAGAUGCACACAGCUCGGGUCAGAGACGUGGAGCUCCUGACAGGCCUGGACCUGUACCGCAGGACCAGCCGCAGCUACGCUGAAAUCCUCUCGCUCAAGACCUACAUGCACACCUACGAGAGCGAGAUCUGAGUUCUGCUAAUGUUCCUGACGUUAUCUUCUGCCGUGGUGGAUCCAUGUGGUACCAGGAGGAGCUGCAGUCAUCUCACCCCACCAGCUGCUCUGCAGCAUCUAUGCUGUGGCCCUUUCACUGACUCCUUCAUGUGCUUUCAUCUCAGUAACUGUUAUUUUGCAUACAUUUUGAACACCACUCAGCUAAGAGGCCACUCGAGUUUAAUAUUUAGCUUUUCAAAAGGCAGAGAUCGAUAUCCAUUCGCAGAAAUGCUGCUGCACAAUGACACUCAUUUCAUCCAACCAUGACUGUACCCACCUAUGUGUCAGAGGCUGUGACUGGAAAUGAGUCACAGCAUCACUAAAUAUGUCUCGAGAUACUCGAGUAGAGUUACACCAUAACAAACAGAUCGGUGUAGAGACAGAUUCUGACCAAUCAGAUAAAAGCUUUUAUUUUUCUUUGAAUAUAAGUAAGAUGUUCUCCUAUGUGUGUGUGGCUGUAUGAGAUGCCAAGAGAAACACAAACUUUCUCACUUCCCUUCAUCUUUAAGCAACCACUAUUUUUGGAUACACUCAAUGAAAUCAGUUUUCAAAAGUCUAUAAAAGGCCAUUGUGGAUUUGGUUACAUUGGUUACGUCCUCACGUUUGUGUAUUGUCAUGUACACAAUGAUCUACAUGUUGCACCAGUGCACAAUCAGUGUUUCACCAGCCUGGAGGCUGUUAGGAGGCUAAAUAAAGAAAUUAUGUUUUUGCACGUGGAGGUGCCUGAAACAGCACGGUGUCAAGAAUCCACGAUUCUUUUUCAUUCCAUAUUCUGGACAUUGUAACUUCAACAUGGCUGACAUUCAUCAAUAAGACCUGUUGUCACAUCAUUAAGAAACCUGCUGUAAGUCAGGUUCUCAGAGCACUGCGUUUCUCUUGACAUCAUGAUGUUUUUCAUGGUUAUGAAGAAACAAAGGAGGUUUGUAUUUUCACUGUUUCCUCUCUUCCUCGUUGAUCUCCUUGGUCAGAGUGUGGGCAGUUUUCCUGUGAAUGCACAAGCAUUAAAGCAAGAAAGUUUAUUUGCCGUGGAAUUUCAUCUUCUGUCCAAUUCAGUCAACUUUCCAAGUCAAGUGAAAAUGAAUUCAACUGGAAAGCGAAGUGACCGUGAGGCUGUGGGAUUACACUAGGCCCAUCCAUAAACGCUUUUACAAAUCUGGGACUGCAGAUGUAGAGAGCUAGAAUCCACGUUACAGAGAAGCGACGUUUGAAUGAUGUCAAGGAAAAGCGCCUUGCACCACAGAGCCCCAGAGAAAUCAGCAGUAAGGACUGUAAAACCAAAGCUGUCUUGUGUACGAUGCAUUCAGCUCUUCCUCGACAUGAUGAGUGCUUUAAAAAUGUCUUUGGUGUGUCACAGGGAGUGACACUGGUGUUUGUGUGUGAUUGUGAAGGUAAAUUCCAGAUUUUUCUUUGUAUUUUUGAUUGCCAAAUAUGUGGGUUUCAUUGUGAAUUGUCCAAUAACAGUGUUGAUGAUGAUUUAUUGUUUUUGGAAAAAAAACACACACCACCUGUGAGACCGACUUAUUUAAACUUUAUGGAGAUUUGUCAAUAAACAAGUGUUUUUGCUAAAAGA